GCUGUGCCUGUCCCUCCAUGGCGGUGCUGUGUGGGGUCGGGCUGGGCACGUCCCUCUGGCGCUGCGGGGCCGGGGGGAGCGGCCGCAGCCCCUGGAAGCCGCUGCUGGUGCUGCUCAGCCCGCCCGCUUUCUCCACGGGCUGCCCCCGGUGCGCCAAGGACAGGCGGCUGAGGCAGAAGAGAGCCAUUUCCGAGCGGCAGCUGACACGUUAUUUCGUGGAUCAGCGGAAGGUGCGCGUGGUUGGAGGACAAGGAGGAGACGGGGGCCAGUCCUUCCACAGUGAGCCCAGAAAAGUGUUUGGAGGUCCUGAUGGUGGGAAUGGAGGUGAUGGGGGUCAUGUCAUUUUUAAAGCUGACCAGCAGAUGAAAUCACUUGCUUCAGUGUUCCGCUUCUAUCAGGGCUUUCACGGAGAGAGAGGAGGAAGCAAAAACUGCUAUGGAGCUAACGGUGCACACAUGUAUGUCAAAGUCCCUGUUGGUACUUUGGUGAAGGAGGAUGGUGAAGUUGUGGCUGACCUCACCCAGCAUGGAGAGGAGUACAUUGCAGCUCAUGGAGGAGCUGGAGGGAGAGGGAAUCGCUUCUUUCUGUCCAACGAAAACCGCGCUCCGAAAUUAUUCACUCCGGGAGAGCCAGGUCAGGAGAGGGUCCUUCAUCUGGAGCUCAAGACAACAGCUCAUGCAGGACUGGUGGGCUUUCCCAAUGCUGGCAAAUCCUCACUUUUGAGAGCCAUCUCCCGGGCAAAGCCAGCUGUGGCUGCCUACCCAUUCACAACCCUAAACCCCCACGUUGGCAUUGUCCACUAUCAAGACUAUGAACAAGUGGCAGUUGCUGACAUUCCUGGCCUAAUCCGAGGUGCUCACCAGAACCGAGGGCUGGGCACGGCCUUCCUGAAGCACAUCGAGCGCUGCCGCUUCCUCCUGUUCGUGCUGGACCUCUCUGUGCCCCAGCCCUGGAGCCAGCUGCAGGACUUGAAAUAUGAACUGGAAGCAUAUGAAAAAGGCUUGUCUGAGAGGCCUUGUGUUGUGGUUGGGAAUAAGGUUGACCUUGCUCAGUCCAGGAUCAAUCUGGCGCUCCUCAGGGAGCAGGUAGCUGAGAGGGUCAUUGCAGUGUCUGCACUGACAGGAGAGAACUUGGAGGAGCUGCUGUUGCAUCUGAGAGAACUCUAUGACACUUAUGUGAAGACAGAACAGUCACAAGGACAAAGCCCAGUCAAGUGGUAGAAGCCACAAGUGCUGUGAACUGUGCUGGAAGGAGAACAAAGUUAAAAUAGCAGUUUGAUUUGAGUGCCUCUCUGUGACUGGGGCUUCCUGUGGGUUGUUUUUGUUGUUAAUAUGGAAGGGCACAGCAUGGGGAUUUGUUCUGGACUGCUGCUUUGGAAAGAUUGUUUUGUUUGUUUAUUCACCUUUGAGGUGUCUCUGAAGUUUUACAACAAAGCUUGAAAAUUGUAAUCAUGGUGGGUGGUGAACUGGAAGCCUGGCUCUUGUUUGGCAUACUAUGGAAUGAAGAGAAUGCUGUCUAGUAGAAAUGACUGAAAUUCAGGAUCUGCAGGAGAUGUUGGUUUAUUUUAUGAAGUGUACUGAAGUCACUUUCUCAAUUUUCACUAAUCAAAAGUUCUAAAAUAAAAUCAGGUGGCCC